CGGGCGCAUGUGGGGGCGCGCGGCAUGGAGGCGCUGCCCGCGAGGGCUGCGGCGCGGCCGGGAGGCGCUGCUGGCGCUGUUGAUGCUGUUGGCGCUGGCCGCACUGGGCUCGGUGCUGCGGGCGCGGCGCGGGGCCGGGGCGCCCGAGCCAGGACCCCAGCGCAGUCGGCGCUCCGGGCGGCGCGACCCUGUCCUGCCGCGGCCGCCGGUGUCCGAGGACUCUCUGGGCGCGCAUGGUGAGGCGGUGUGGCUGCAGCUGCAGGGCGAGGAACUGCGGCUGCAGGAGGAGAGCCUGCGGCUGCACCAGAUCAACAUCUACCUCAGCGACCGCAUCUCGCUGCACCGUCGCCUGCCAGAGCGCUGGAACCCGCUGUGCAAAGAGAAGAAAUACGAUUAUGACCAUUUGCCCACAACAUCGGUCGUCAUUGCAUUUUAUAAUGAAGCCUGGUCAACACUCCUUCGGACAGUUUACAGUGUCCUUGAGACGUCCCCUGACAUCCUGCUGGAAGAAGUUAUCCUUGUAGAUGACUACAGUGAUCGAGAGCACCUGAAGGAGCGCCUGGCUAUUGAGCUUGCCAAGCUGCCCAAGGUCCGCCUGAUCCGUGCCAACAAGAGGGAGGGCCUGGUGCGAGCACGGCUGCUGGGGGCUUCCGUGGCCAAGGGUGAUGUGCUGACCUUCCUGGACUGCCACUGCGAGUGCCACGAGGGCUGGCUGGAGCCGCUGCUGCAGAGGAUUCACGAAAAAGAGUCGGCAGUGGUGUGCCCUGUGAUUGACGUGAUCGACUGGAAUACCUUCGAGUACCUGGGGAACCCCAGGGAGCCCCAGAUCGGCGGGUUUGACUGGAGGCUUGUGUUCACAUGGCACGUGGUUCCCGAGAGGGAGAGGCUCCGCAUGCAGUCCCCCAUCGAUGUCAUCAGGUCUCCAACCAUGGCUGGUGGGCUGUUUGCCGUGAGUAAGAAAUAUUUUGAAUACCUGGGGGCUUAUGAUACAGGAAUGGAAGUUUGGGGAGGAGAGAACCUCGAGUUUUCCUUUAGGAUCUGGCAAUGCGGGGGGACCCUGGAGAUACACCCGUGUUCCCAUGUUGGGCAUGUUUUCCCCAAGCAAGCUCCUUACUCCCGUAGCAAAGCUCUGGCCAACAGUGUCCGCGCAGCCGAGGUGUGGAUGGAUGAAUUUAAAGAGCUCUACUACCAUCGCAAUCCCCAUGCCCGCUUGGAACCCUUUGGGGACGUGACAGAGAGGAAGCAGCUCCGUGCAAAGCUCCAGUGUAAGGACUUCAAGUGGUUCUUGGAGAUCGUGUAUCCAGAACUGCACGUGCCUGAGGACAGGCCUGGCUUCUUCGGGAUGCUUCAGAACAAAGGACUACAGGAUUACUGCUUUGACUAUAACCCUCCCAGUGAACACCAGGUCACGGGACACCAGGUCAUUCUGUAUCGCUGUCACGGGAUGGGUCAGAACCAGUUUUUCGAGUACACGUCCCGGAAUGAAAUCCGCUAUAACACCCACCAGCCAGAGGGCUGUGUGGCCGUGGAGGCAGGAACGGACAAACUCAUCAUGCAUCUCUGUGAGGAAGUCACCCCAGAGGAUCAGAAGUUCAUCUUGCAGGAGGAUGGUUCUUUGUUUCAUGUACAGUCCAAGAAGUGUGUUCAGGCUGAGCGAGCAGAGUUGGGCAAGAGUUUUGAGCCACUCUUGCGUGACUGCACCCACUCAGAUAAUCAGAAAUGGUUCUUCAAGGAGCACAUGGUAUGAAGUGUCACUGUACCACGGAGCCCAUCGGAGGAGCCUGGAGGAGCGGGGAGUGUGGUGGAGCCUGAACUUUUUGUUUAACAGAGACUCGACUUAGCUAAGCAUAGAGACAGACCCACCAAAAACUUGGCUGCUUUUCUCGUGUAAAGAAAUCAUUUUGUGAUUUGUGGUGUUGGAUUUAGUAAAAAUGUGAAUAAGCUUUGUACUGAUUUGGAAAAGUUUAAAAUUGUUGUUCUCAAAUACCCAGUUUUCAGAGGGUAGCCAUAAAAUGUUAACUCUUGGUUUUCAGAGAAUUAAAAGUUUUAACUAUUUUUCUAUCAAGAUGUA